AUGGAUCUAGAUCUUUCGCUUAGGACAGAGCAACCCACUGCUCCUACAGAUACUAGUUCCUCUGAACUGAGGGCUAAAUAUGAGAAGUGGGAUCGCUCUAACUGCAUGAGUCUUAUGAUCAUCAAGCGCGGCAUACCUGAGACUUUUAUGGGCGCGGUGUCUAAUAGUGUCACCAAAGCUAAGGAAUAUCUCGAUGAGAUUGAAAAGCGCUUUGCCAAAAGCGAUAAGGCGGAAACAAGCACAAUUCUGAAGAACUUGAUUUCCAUAAAGUAUAAAGGCAAGGGAAAUAUUCGGGAAUAUAUUAUGGAAAUGACUCACCUUGCAUCAAAAUUGAAGGCACUUAAUCUUGAAUUGUAG